CGGCAGCCACAGUCACAACCCUCGUCCAAGCCGCCCGACGCCGAGCCGACGGACACUGACGCCCUCUUGGCCAUGCUGGACAAAUCUCUUUCGGAGGAGGCCCGCGCUGAGCUGGCACUCUUCAAAGACAAGAUCGCACCGCCCAAGCCAGCUCAGCAGGAAUCACUCGACGCGAAGUACCAACGCCUCCUUGCAGCUGAACGUAAGGCAGCGGCAGCACUUACGAAGGCGGCAACCUCGGAGAGCAAGGCCAAGGAGUGGGUCGUCCAAUGCGAGGCCCACACUCAGCACUGCGCGGAGGCCCUCGGCGACGCCCAGGCCGCGGUGCAGGAGACCCUCGAUGCGAUCAACGAGGCUCGCGGCACGCGGGCGCCCUCGGCGUUCAAGUCGACGGCAGGCGGCCUCAACCUCAGCAAGCUCCUCCUCAGCGGGGAGGACCUCGCCUUUGAAGAGGGCGAGGCCUUUGACACCUCCGACCUUGAGCUCGACGCCGAGGACGCCAAGAAGUGGGCCGACCUCAAGCAGCAAUUCCUCGACGAGCUCAAGACGAAGGUCAAGGAGGUCUUCGGCUCAGGCGCCACGGCUAUCCAGCAGCGCAAGCAAGAGCUGGAAGCCUUGCGCAGCAGGCUCCGCGCCAAGCGGCCUCGCACCGAGGCUGACGGCAGUGGGGCUCAGGCCGCCGAGGCGGGCGCGGGCAGCGCCGCGAGCGAACCAAAGAUAAGGAGGACAUUUAGCCAGCCCAGCUUUCGCACGAUCUAUGUGCGGAACAUUACCGACUGGGGGCCAAAGUGCAAGAAGAUCGUCAAGUCCCCGCCGUUCCAGGCGGACAUCCUCGGACUAUUGGAGACGCAUCAGAGCGAGCGCACCAGUGACGCUGUGCUUGCAGAGUUCGAUGCAUCAGCUUGGAAGGCAGUUAUCUCACCGUCGCGAGCCGACGGCACAGCGCAGAAGGCAGGUGGAGUCGUCUUGGGAGCCCGACGCCACCUACAGUGUUCAUCAUUGGACCACCUGGCCCGCUAUCGCUACCAGACAAAGGGACAGUUGCGGCACAGGAAGCCAGAGCCCCACUUCGUCGCAGGGCCCAUCGACUUCUGGGACUUCCAGGCGCUCACCAUCCAGAUGCAGCAUGGCCAGCUCACGGUGCUCAUCGUGUACCUCACCACAUCCAUCGGGGUGGCUGGCCAGAACCUUAUCAAGCUACAGAACCUCGGAGCUGUCAUCAAGAGUCUCACGGGGGACUGGAUCGCGAUUGGCGAUUGGAACGUGGUACCAACGGAGCUGGAGGAGUCAGGAUGGGUCAACUACGUCGACGGCCGCAUCUGUAAGCCCUCCAACGUCUCGUUCACUCAGUUCACAGGUGGCCGCAUGCUGGAUUACGCGGUCAUCGGAGGGCCAGGUCAUCACGUGCCCGCCAAACUCUUUGCGGACACGAUGGGAGACCACAAGAGCCACAUGGGCCUGGUGGCCCAGUACACUUCACAGUCGGCGCCAGCAUGGGCUCUGAUCUUGCCGACUCCCUUCUCCUUCGCUCACCCUCCAGCGGAGCAGAAGGCCGCCGACCCGAAUAGCAAGCGCUCACGGGCCAAGCGCGAGGCUGAGCAGCGCAGGCUCGAGCGUAUGCAGGACAACCCCUUGGAGGCCCUCAACCCAGAGGUCACCGAGGCGGCGUCUCAGCAGCAGCCAGUGGAUGGCCCACCCCUGCCCGCGCACAUGUGCGAGCCGCCUCCGAGAGGAGGCCGCGCGGUGCCAGCCGACCUGCCGUCGCGGGCCCCCGGUGGCCCUGCGAUCUGGCGGUCGGCCGAGGCAGGGGCAGCCCCCAGUGCUGCGGAGGCGCAAGACAUGGACCACGGCGAGCUGCAGUCCCACGACCGAUUGCUGGGCUUCCCGAUGACGCCGCCGUGCCCGACGGUGGCCAGGCGCACGGCGGCCGAGAAGGACGAGCUGUGGGCACAGGUCUGCCACCGCCAGGUCCAGUACGAUGCACCGCCCGACUACAUUCGGGACUCCCAGGCGUACCAGUCCUCAUCCGAGGCCGCCGACGACCUGGGCAAGCAGUACGCCAAGUGGAUCACGCACGUGGAAUAUUUCUACACAGACAUCAUGAAUGCCAUGGCCAGGACCAACGACGCGCUCUCCGAGGCUGGUGAGAACGCGGCAGACAUCAUCUACACCCAUGCACACGCUAUGCCUGAUGACAACCUUGUUCCCAUUGACAACGCCACCAAGCUCAAGUGGCAGCAUGGUCUAUCAGCUGUGCGUGAAUGGUCUACUGACCAGGCUGCCACCAUGGCCUAUGCAUUGGGGAUCCUGGCCGACAGGUUCCAGCGCGCUGAGGUCCGACAAGGACUACAGGCCUUCCAGGAGUGGGUCAUCCAGUGCACGGCCAAGAGACCUAGCAAGGUCCUCAAGUGGAACACCGACUCAGCGGGGCCGAUCAUGGAGUACGGGGUCGGGCCUACGGCGUCCACCGACCUCUUUAGCAUCAUGGAGGGCAAGCGAGGCGCAUGGUCGCAGCGCUGGAGUGGCACGGUCAACCUCUCCGACCUCCAGGCGUUCCGCCGCAAGUGCAGGCUCCUUGAGGAACUAGAGGACGCAUGGCAGCCCAUAGACCCCUACCUCAUACAUGACAAGGCCACCGCCCUGCCCAACGCCACGGGCCGCGGCAGUGACAACCUCGGCCCCCUGGACAUUCGCAACUUGCCGUUCCAGGCCAAGCAGGGCCUGGCCGAUUUCUUCAACCAGUGCGAGAGGCAGAUGGCGUGGCCGUGGCAGCUCAUGAGUGUACUUGUAGGCAUGCUCCCGAAGCCAGACGGCUCGGAUAGGGGUGUCGCAUUGAUCCCAUGGCUCAUGCGCUUCUGGGCGCAGAUGCGUAAGGUCAUCGGGGCCGACUGGUGCGCGGCCAAGGCAGGCCACUGGGACCAGGCCAUCAAGGGCAGCAGUGCCCUCCAGUGCGGCAUCUUCCGCCUGUUCUGCGAUGAAGUCGACGACGAGCUGGACAUACACUACGCCAACGUGAUGUGGGACUUCGCAGAAUUCUACGACAGCGUCAACCCCAUCAUGGCAUUCGAGGCGGCUCUCAGACUCGACUUCUCGCCCAGGAAGCUUGGCAUGGCGGCGGUCCUGUAUAUGUCGCCGAG